AUGGCGUUCCGGCAGGCGCUGAAGCUGGCGGUCUGCGGGCUGGCGGGGGGCUCGGCCGCCGUGCUCUUCUCGGCCGUGGCCGUGGGGAAGCCGCGCGGGGCGGGCGGCUCGGACGCGGAGUCCCGGUGGGCCAGCCCGGAAGCCCAGACGUGGGCGGAGCGGGUGCGCCCGGGACCCGCCAGCGGCGUGUGGGACAGCAACUGGGACAAGCGAGAACCACGGUCUCUUAUCAAUGUGAAGAAAAGAAGCACAGAAACUGGGGAAGAGGAGAUAACAUCUAAACUGGAUAACUUCAAAGCCAGAGCCACUCGCCAUAUCUUCCUGAUCAGGCAUUCCCAGUACAAUCUGGACGGUUCCUUGGAUAAGGAUCGAACGCUGACUGAAUUGGGUCGUGAACAGGCUGAAUUGACUGGCGGUCGAUUAGCCAGCUUGGGUGUGAAAUUUGAUAAGAUCGUGCACUCUUCCAUGACUAGAGCAAUAGAAACGACUGACAUCAUCUCCAAACACCUUCCAGGAGUCAGCAGAAUCAGCACUGACCUACUGCGGGAAGGCGCUCCCAUCGAACCUGACCCUCCUGUGUCUGACUGGAAGCCAGAAGCCCGGCAGUAUUACGAGGACGGAGCCCGCAUCGAGGCUGCAUUUCGUAACUUCAUCCAUCGUGCAGAUGCCAAGCAGGAGGAAGACAGCUAUGAGAUCUUUGUGUGUCACGCCAAUGUCAUCCGCUACAUUGUCUGCAGAGCGCUACAAUUCCCUCCUGAGGGCUGGCUGCGGAUGUCCCUUAAUAAUGGCAGCAUAACCCAUCUGGUGAUCCGUCCUAGUGGAAGGGUGGCACUAAGGACCCUGGGGGACAGUGGAUUCAUGCCCCCCGACAAAAUUACCCGCACUUGAACACCCGCCUCUGCAGUCAUCAGCCGCGUCUCCCUUCAUCCGGACCCGUUUGUGUUUGUAAUGUUUGGCUAGAAUGCUGCGUGUUCAAAAGUAUUUGGAUUUUCCCUCCUGUUACUCCUUUGCUGGCUAUACUUCUGUCCUGAAGAGAGAAAACUGUGCUUAAAUGCUGCAUUUCUGUCAAAGGCCUUCCUGGUCAGGGAGGAUGAAGACACCACUGGGACAGGUCCACUUCACAGGGUUCAGAAGGUUCUGGAUUUAGAGAAGUUGCCUCUUUGACCAAAGCUUCUUGUGCGACUUAAGGGAAUGAAGUAGUAGGAUAGGAGUUAAAAGAUAUAUUUUCUAUACAUUUGGAUGUAGCAUGACAUUAUGGAUGUGCAAGUCACACAUGAGAGUAAAUUUUCAUUAUAAGAAGAGAUCACAAACAGCUAAAUUUCCUGCCAUCUGAGUCUGUCUGUCCCUUUGACACUAAGGACUUCCUUCAGCCAGCAGUGGUUACAGCUGUUUACAGCGGGACAGUCUGGUGUGAUCAGUCAUGCAGUUGAAGAACCGUUCAGGCUAGUUCAAGUGAUUCCUGGAUCCCUAGAUUACUAAAACUUAUUUUUCAUUGUCUUACAGACAGGUAUGUAAUUAAAGUUUUCUCACCAUUUUUCUAGGUCCUUACCACCUGGUUUUGAAAACCCACUUCUUACCCACUUAUAACUUGUAAUAGCUGCUGGGAUAACAAGACAGCCCACCACUGUGGCUGGUCAGAGGAGAUUUGAGCUGUCCUAAGCUUGUGUGAGAUGAUAUGUGCCCCCUAGAAUGAGACUUGUUUGAGACAAGUGUGAAGUCUUUGCUAGCACAGACACCUUUGUCCAGCUGAAAAAGCCACCGGUGUUUGACAGCUGAGUUUGACAAGUGUUACUGGGAGGAUGCUACUAUGUUGCAAGGUGUGGUUUGUUUUUUUUUUCCUUUGUGAAGCAGUCAGUUAAGUGACUUGCUCAGGUC